GCUUGCGCUCAGGAGGGCGCAGCGUGGGCGGAGAAGCGGCUCCAGAGGCUAAAGGUCCCCGGAGCGAGUAGCGGCAGCAGUCGCCGUCGUAGUAGUGGUGGAGGUGGAGGGGAGAGCCUUUGCUUUGUCGCCAAGAUGCCGGCUGUGUCGAAAGGGGACGGGAUGCGGGGCCUGGCCGUCUUCAUCUCCGAUAUCAGGAACUGUAAAAGCAAAGAAGCUGAAAUAAAAAGAAUAAACAAAGAACUGGCAAACAUUCGAUCCAAAUUUAAAGGCGAUAAAGCCCUUGAUGGCUACAGUAAGAAGAAGUAUGUCUGCAAGCUCCUUUUCAUCUUCCUCCUGGGGCACGAUAUUGAUUUUGGUCACAUGGAAGCUGUGAAUCUAUUGAGUUCGAACAAAUACACAGAGAAGCAAAUUGGCUAUCUAUUCAUCUCCGUACUUGUGAAUUCAAACAGUGAGUUGAUACGCCUGAUAAACAAUGCAAUCAAGAAUGACUUGGCCAGCCGCAACCCCACUUUCAUGGGACUAGCUUUGCACUGUAUUGCCAACGUGGGUAGCAGAGAGAUGGCAGAAGCAUUUGCUGGAGAAAUUCCAAAAAUACUUGUAGCUGGAGACACUAUGGAUAGCGUGAAGCAGAGUGCAGCCCUGUGCUUGCUCCGAUUAUACAGAACAUCUCCUGACUUGGUUCCUAUGGGAGACUGGACAUCAAGAGUUGUGCACCUUCUCAAUGACCAACAUCUGGGCGUGGUUACUGCUGCUACCAGUUUGAUCACUACACUGGCACAAAAGAAUCCAGAUGAAUUUAAAACCUCGGUGUCUCUGGCUGUCUCCAGACUCAGCAGGAUUGUGACGUCUGCAUCGACUGAUCUCCAGGACUAUACAUAUUACUUUGUUCCUGCUCCAUGGUUGUCUGUAAAGCUUCUAAGACUGCUGCAGUGCUAUCCACCCCCAGAAGACCCUUCGGCACGAGGUCGUCUCACAGAGUGUCUGGAAACUAUUCUUAACAAAGCUCAAGAACCUCCAAAAUCCAAGAAAGUGCAGCAUUCCAAUGCAAAGAAUGCAGUGCUGUUUGAGGCAAUCAGUUUAAUUAUCCACCAUGACAGUGAGCCAAACCUGCUUGUUCGUGCCUGUAAUCAGUUAGGCCAGUUCUUGCAGCACCGGGAAACUAAUCUUCGUUACCUAGCAUUGGAAAGCAUGUGCACGCUUGCCAGCUCUGAGUUUUCACAUGAGGCCGUGAAAACACACAUAGAAACAGUUAUCAAUGCAUUGAAGACGGAGAGAGAUGUAAGUGUACGGCAGAGAGCAGUAGAUCUCCUGUACGCCAUGUGUGACCGAAGCAAUGCCCAGCAGAUUGUAGCUGAAAUGCUGAAUUACCUGGAAACUGCUGAUUAUUCUAUUAGAGAAGAAAUUGUACUGAAGGUUGCAAUUCUAGCUGAGAAAUAUGCAGUAGACUACACCUGGUAUGUAGAUACCAUCUUGAAUUUGAUUCGAAUUGCUGGAGACUAUGUCAGUGAAGAGGUGUGGUACAGAGUCAUUCAGAUAGUUAUUAACAGAGACGAUGUGCAAGGAUAUGCAGCAAAGACCGUCUUUGAGGCUCUUCAAGCACCUGCUUGCCAUGAGAACUUGGUAAAAGUAGGUGGCUACAUCUUAGGAGAGUUUGGAAAUCUGAUUGCUGGGGAUCCGAGAUCUAGUCCUCUGAUCCAAUUCAACUUGCUACACUCAAAGUUCCAUCUGUGUAGCGUCCCAACUAGGGCGCUGCUUCUAUCUACUUACAUCAAGUUUGUGAAUUUAUUUCCUGAGAUAAAAAUUACCAUUCAAGAUGUACUACGCAGUGAUAGUCAGCUAAAAAACGCUGAUGUUGAGCUACAGCAGAGAGCUGUUGAAUACUUGCGGCUCAGUACAAUCGCAAGUACAGAUAUCUUGGCAACAGUGUUAGAAGAAAUGCCUCCAUUUCCAGAGAGGGAGUCUUCCAUUUUGGCCAAGCUCAAGAAGAAAAAAGGGCCCAAUACAGUCACUGAUUUGGAAGAGACAAAAAAGGAGAGAAAUUCUGAUGUGAAUGGCGGCACUGAACCUACACUUGUAAACGCCAGCACUGCGUCUACCCCAUCUCCUUCAGCAGACCUUUUAGGUCUUGGUGCAGCCCCAGUCACAAAUUCUGUUCCACCCCCGACGUCUACGGGUAGCUUGUUGGUGGAUGUGUUUUCAGACACUUCUGCAGCUCCUGCAUCUCUUGCUCCAGGUUCUGAAGAUAACUUUGGAAGUCCUGACCUGGCUUCAAGUGAGCAGGUAGUUUCUGAGGAACCAGCUGAUGCUGUGCAUGAUGCUGAUGAGCUUUUUCACAAGUUCGUUUGCAAAAAUAAUGGAGUCUUGUUUGAGAAUCAGUUACUACAGAUUGGUCUGAAAUCUGAAUUUCGACAGAACCUGGGUCGGAUGUUCAUAUUUUAUGGUAACAAGACUUCAACACAGUUUUUAAAUUUUGUUCCAACACUAAUCUGUUCAGAUGAUCUUCAGUCAAGUCUGAAUCUGCAAACCAAACCUGUCGAUCCCACUGUGGAGGGGGGUGCUCAGGUACAGCAGAUUGUAAAUAUUGAAUGCAUAUCGGACUUCAUGGAAGCACCAGUCCUAAAUAUUCAGUUCAGAUAUGGAGGGACAUUGCAAAACUUCUCUGUGAAGCUGCCCAUCACACUGAACAAAUUUUUCCAGCCCACGGAGAUGGCUUCUCAAGACUUCUUUCAGAGGUGGAAACAGCUGAGCAACCCCCAACAAGAAGUGCAGAACAUCUUUAAAGCAAAUCAUCCAAUGGAUACAGAAAUUACAAAGGCAAAGAUCAUUGGCUUUGGCACAGCUUUACUGGAAGAAGUAGAUCCUAAUUCUGCUAACUUUGUAGGAGCUGGUAUAAUACACACAAAAUCAAUCCAGAUUGGAUGUUUGAUGCGUCUUGAACCUAACCUACAGGCACAGAUGUAUAGAUUAACACUACGAACAAGUAAAGAAACAGUAUCCCGGAGGUUAUGUGAAUUGCUCUCAGAACAAUUCUGAACCAUAACGCAAGAUCAAUUCUGAUUUUCCAUUUUUGCCAUUGUCCUUGUCCUGCUCCAGAAACAUCUUGUGCACCAGUGUCUGCAAAAAUAACUGCCACCACUUUCACAUCCCUGCCUUAAAAGGACCUGUCCCUUUUAUGUGAAAUAAAAUAUAUGUGUGUAACAUAAAAUUACUUAACUGUGAAAAAAAUGGCUCUUAGAUUUCUGGUGCAAAGAGGCUGGGAAGUCUUGUGUGUCUUGACUCAAUUGUGCUCCAUAUAUUUUGGCAGAAGCUGGUUUUAUUAAAAUUCACUUUGAAUAUGAUUAACAUUGAUUUAAAUGAAACUUCUUUUUUGCUGGAAGUGCCACUGUAAAAUGCUAGAAGCAUGUUGCUUUGGCACUUUUUCUAGCACUCUGUUGCUCCGGCAAUGAAGUUCUGCUUAAUGGGUUGUACUGUUCAUCUUGUUACUGUGCUCUGUUGCUCAAGCUUACGUGGCUCAACUCCCACAAAGGAGUGCAGUAGGAGUUUUCGUGGUGUGUGUGGAAGGCACUGCUUUAUUACUGCUCUAAUGAAUUUCACUGGUGUCCCUUUAUUUGAAGAGGGCUGUGACAGGGCAUUUGUCUCCUGAAGGUCGUUUUGGCGGCAUAAGCACAUAUUCUGAUUCAUACUUUAACAUCCUCACACAACUUGCUUUAAAGAGCUUUAAAUUGCACCCAUUCUUUCCCCUCCAAGUUCUGCACUACCAAAGAGUACUUGUCUUGUCAGAUGCUAAAGCUGGGUUCUGUGAUACAAAGGUUUUUUUUCCAAAGCUCUGGUUGAUCCAAGUAAACAUCAUUUCACUUGGGUUGCAAAUAAUUCAAGAACCACUUACAGUAUUCUUACACUUGAAAGUAUUCUCACUUUCCUAUGCCUCUGCAUUCUCCACCCCCCCUUUUCAGUCUAUAUGUUGCUUAUGUGAAUUUCCCAUUUAAUACUUUCUAGAUCAUACAGGUGGCUAGCUGGCUCUGAUCAUGGAUAGUCAAGCUUAUUCAGCCUUGAAAUAAAUUAGGGGCUUCUGCAAGUAUGAAGGGCACUGCCUCCCUUUUCUCUUAAACAAUUGUGCCAGAGCACUUUUUGUGUAAGACUGCUCUAUUUUCAAAAAGUGUAGUCAUGGUGUAGAUUGCAUUUGUUGCUUUGCACGAUGUUUGAAUUUGUCACGUAUCAUACAAAAGCAGCCUGGCAACUUCUUUGACAUAAGCGGAAUUUUUCAUAAGCUAGCUUCAGUCAUACAUCUCUGAAGGGCUUCUAAGCAAUAAAUGGUCACUACAAUUCUAUAUGAAAGCGGAGGGGGGGAAUCUUCAAUGAGCUGCAGUAAGAGCUGUGUUGGGGUGAUCACAAAUGCCUUUUUUGGUGUGUCUGAAUUAGCAGAGUUUUUUCUAAAAACGACAAGACAAGAUCUCUCUUGUUCUGGCUGUUUGGAAUUGUUAUUUUAUUAAACAUCCUUUAAUUUGGGUGUUGAUCAGAACCAAAGUAAAGAAUUUUGGUCAACUUCUCUAGCCAAAUUUGGUGACUUAUAUUGAAGCACCUUGUAGGGAACUACCUGGCAUGUAAUCUGGUUAAGUAAUAAAAUGGGAAUGACAACCUUCUAUGUUCUCCUUUCACUGGGAAAAUUCUAGGAGUUCUUAGUAUUUAUGACAGGCAUGUCAUAGUAUCAUGAUUUAUCCCAGUGGUAUUGACAGCUAUAAAUACAUGCGGUCAGAAGCUUGUCUUGUCAUAUAGCAGAUGUUGGGAAGAACUGCCAUCUCAUUUUUAACACAGGGCUAUCCAUCUGGAAGCAGCAGAGGGGCGGGUGAGGAGGUUUCCCUCCUUCAAUACAUUGUUUUUGCAUACUAUUCACUGGUACAUUUUGGGGGAAGAAAUUUGAUUUAUCCAUAGAAAGACGGAGGACUCUAAAUAGAUGGCUAAAUGGUUAACUGUAUAUAUGGAUAAUCAUACUUUAUGCAAAAUUCACCUCUGAUAUGAACUAUAUAGGUAUUGUUUUAAAGAAAACGUUAAAAAAGUCUGUCUUUAUUGGGAUAAAUGACUUGAUUACCAAAGUUGUGUAUCCUUCUUCAUCUCAAGCAGAAGUAACUGUUUCUGUGGCUAAAGCAGUAUUAGUAAUCAAGGUACAGUAUUUGUUUUGUUAACAUGUGAAAAAUACCUGAACAGGAUGAUGAAAUAUUGUGCACUUCUAGGCCUACACUCCAGUAUGUAAUGUGUAGUCAUGUCACUUGUAAAAAAGAUAAAUCACAAGCUUAUAUGGUGGACUUCCAUUAUUAUGACUGUAAAAAAAAAUUGAAAAUACAUAAAUUUAAUCAUGUAUAAUGGAAAAAUAAAUAGCUAGAAGAAAAGCUUA